GAAAAUACAUGCCAGCGAACCGCAAUCAUGGGUCCGAGCGGUUUGGGCAAGACACAAAUCGCAAUCGAGGCAGUUUACCGAAUCCAUAGAGACCACCCUCAUUGCUCCAUAUUUUGGGUUCCCGCCAUGAACAUUGCCACCUUUGAGAAUGCCUAUCGCGAGAUUGGGCAAGCUCUCAAUGUGGCCGGCAUAGCUGAUGUUAAAGCCAAUAUCAAGACAAUUGUGAAGACAGCUCUGAGCCAUAAAAGCGCUGGUGAAUGGCUGUUGGUACUUGACAGCAUGAACGACAUGGAAGUAGCCAAGGAGAUAUACGACUACCUACCUUUUAGUCUCAAGGGCUCCAUCCUUUUUACGACUCAAAGCAAAUCCAUUGUUGCCGGCAUGGAUCUUCCAAAGGAUGGGAUACACGCCAUUUCCUCCAUGGAGAGGUCUGAAUCCAUCCAGCUAUUAAAGUGCCGCUUAGACAACAAACAGGUCACGGAUUCGAAAAGCCUGAAUAUGCUGGCCGACUUUCUAGGUGACAUUCCACUGGCCAUCAGACAAGCGGCAUCCUAUAUUUUCGAAACCCAAAUCACAACAGCCAAAUAUCUUGAGCGCUGCAAAUCGGAUAGUAAUGGCAUGACUGAGUUUGUCACCAAGGGUUUCGAGGAUGAAGUCCAGAAUGGCAUCUUGCGAUGCCCCACCGCCACAACUUGCAGACUAUCCGUUGAUCGCCUCGCGAGUAAUUUCCCCCUCGCUGCAGGGUACUUGCGGUUUGUCUGUUUUCUUGCGAAUAACAACAUCCCCAUUUCUCUACUGUCGGCUGCAAACGAUGAUGAUCAGAGCAAUGAAGCGAUCAGCGCGUUGCAAGCCUAUUCCCUCGUUGAUAGACAACAGAAUUCUGAUUCGGUCCACAUUCAUCCUUUAGUUAGCCAGUUCAUGAGAAAGUUGAUGCAAGUUGAAAAUACGUGGACCGAAGAAAACGCGUCAGUCAUCAAGAAGCUUGCCGACUUUGCGCCCGAACCAACUGAGGACAAUAGAGACUUGUGGAUGGAGUACUUGCCUCAUUUCCUUGGCGCACUUGAGCCACGACAUGGUGCGUUGGAUGAACAAGACAUAGUGCUCCGGCAUAAGAUACGUAACAGCUAUAUUGUCACGGGCAAAGACAAAGAGGCAAAAGAAAUAUUCCAGGAUGUGGUCAGAGCUGCAGGCGAAGGCUUGUUUAACACCACCAGCGCGGAUAAGCGACUUGAAACCGUCAUCAACGAUGUGUUGGGGAUUCUACAUAAGCAAGGGCGUCACGAAGAGGCCGGGUCAGUAAGUCGUGAGAUCAUGAGGUUUCAGAGGCGGGUAGCAAAUGUUAGGCAUCUGGAUACAGCCCUGGCCAUAUUCUCCCAGGUCAUGAAGGAACGACGCUCCUAAGCCCUUCACUUG